GUUGCUAGGAAAUAUACUUACUCAAGGUACUUCAUGCAUACCUUAUUUGGAGGCAGCAACUAUCAGUUCUAUGCUACUGAGGAUCAGAGACCUGGAAUUAUAAAAUUUAACAAGGUCAAGUUUUCAUCAAGUACAACUGCUCCAAGAGUUUCUACUUUGCAUUGGCAAGAUGAAGAGGAGGAAAAAGAUGAUCCACAGGAGUCAAAAUUCACCCACAAGAGUAAUGCCCAAGAGCUUAUUGCUCAAAUCCCAGUCAUUGAAGUUGAUGGGGAUACCGCUAGAUGUACAGGAGUCUCAGAACUUGGAUAUGGACAUCCAGUUGAAUAUAUCAGCCUAAAUACCAGAGAUCCUUCUGUACCAAAUGUGUGUAAAUACUGAGGAUUAAGGUUUGUCAAGAGAGGAUACUUACAUAGUGAUGAAGAUGAAUAA